AUGGUGGUCUGGAAUAGUAGUGAUGCUAUGGAGCCCAUAUUUAUCCUGAGGGGUUUUCCUGGACUGGAACACAUUCAUUCUUGGCUCUCAAUCCCAUUCUUUCUUGCAUACUUUGUAGCAUUUAUUGGUAAUGUCACCAUCCUCUCUGUCAUCUGGGUAGAGUCUUCACUCCACCAGCCCAUGUAUUACUUCCUUUGCAUCCUGGCAUUGACUGACCUGGGUAUGUCUCUAUCCACACUUCCCACUAUGCUUGCUGUGCUGUGGUUGGAUAUUCAGAAGAUCCAGGCAAAUGCUUGUUAUACUCAGCUCUUCUUCAUUCAUAUGUUCACAUUCCUGGAGUCCUCCGUGCUGCUAGCCAUGGCCUUUGACCGCUUUGUUGCCAUCUGUUGUCCGCUGCACUAUUCUGUCAUCCUUACCAACAGUAUAAUUGGCAAGAUCGGUUUGGUCUGCUUGCUGCGAAGCAUGGGCGUUGUACUGCCCACACCUUUGCUACUGAGACACUAUCACUACUGCCAUAUCAAUGCCCUCUCUCAUGCCUUCUGCUUGCACCAGGAUGUUUUGAAAUUAUCUUGUUCAGAUGCCAGGAUCAAUAGCAUUUAUGGACUGUGUGUAGUAAUCGUCACACUGGGUGUGGAUUCAGUCUUCAUACUUCUUUCUUAUGUCCUGAUUCUGAAUGCUGUUCUGGGAAUUGCAUCUCGUGAAGAGCGGUUAAAGGCCCUCAACACAUGUGUAUCUCAUAUCUGUGUGGUGCUUAUCUUCUUUGUGCCGGUUAUUGGAGUAUCAAUGGUACAUCGCUUUGGGAAGCAUCUGUCUCCCAUAGUUCAUGUCCUCAUGGCUGACGUAUACCUGCUUCUUCCCCCAGUGCUUAACCCUGUUGUCUACAGUGUCAGAACAAAGCAGAUUCGUCUAGGCAUUCUCCACAAAUUGAAGAGGAAU